AGAGAGGAACAAACACUAGAUUGAGUUUCCGUGGCGACUGGCGGGACGCAUUUGACGGCGAUGACUCUGGAGCUUGCAGCAUGCAUGCUUGAGAAUGCCCAGGGCUUGAUGACACGUGAAUGAAGAAAAAAGAAGAAGGAGUUUGGGACUGACACACAGUUUAUGGACGGACGCUGAGUUCCCAGAAUGACGAGCGCUGCCCCAGCCAGGAAGCCUUACCGCAAGGCCCCUCCGCAGCACCGCGAGACUCGCCACAGCGUGCCUGCGUUUCGGGAGGACCUUGGCGGGAGCGGCCCGACGCCUUCCCACCCCGAACCGUGCCAGGAGUCCUUAUCAGAUGGUGACAGGAUCAAGAUCCUACAGCAGCAGAACGAAGACCUCCGCCGACGACUCUCUCAAACCACCCACAAGAUGGAGACCAUGGAGACCGAGUUUGAGGCAAGCCGCCACUACAUGCAGGCUGAGAUCGGACGCACCCGAGACGACUUGGAGAAGAUGAGAGACAAGUUCCGCAGACUUCAGAACAGCUAUACAGCCUCUCAAAGAGCCAAUCAGGACCUGGAGGAGAAACUUCAUGCCCUGCUUCGCAAAGUGGAGCGAGACAAGAAAACCAUGGACCAAGAGAUAGUGGAGCUCACCAACAAGCUCGUGGAUGCCAAGAACACGAUUGACAAGCUGGAGGAACUGAAUGAACGCUAUCGGCAAGACUGUAACUUGGCGGUACAGCUGCUGAAGUGCAAUAAGUCCCAUUUCAGGAACCACAAGUUUGCCGACUUGCCGUAUGAGCUACAGGACAUGGUGAACAAGCACAUGAAGAACAGCCUGCCUGAAAGGGCCCAGGGCUCGCAAGGUGCACAGGCCCAGGAACCAGACACCCUGAGCCUGACGCCCGCCGACGUGGUCCCCACUUCAGUCAUUGCUCGUGUCCUGGAGAAGCCUGAGCCACUGGUGCUCAACUCUGCCCAGUCCAGCAGUAGCGCAGGUCGACCCGUGGCUGAGGAUGUGUUUGUUCACGUGGACAUGACUGGCCCCCAGGAUGAGAGCGCAGGGAGAGAGAACGGGGGUCCGGGUCACGCCAGACUCCCUGCGGGCCCUGGUUCGGAGCAACAGCAUCUCAACGGCAUGUGCCGUCGUCAGGGCAGCCUGGAUUGCCAGUCGGGUGAAGAGGGAGCCGCGCCCUCUUUCGAGAAGCUGAGCCCUUAUCCCACCCCUCCGCCACCGCAUCCCCUCUACCCUGGCCGUAAAGUGAUUGAAUUCUCCUCCGACGACAAGGUGAAGAUCCCUAAGAACAGCCCGCUGCCCAACUGUACCUAUGCCACACGGCAGGCCAUCUCUCUCAGCCUGGUUCAGAACGAGGAUGAGGCUGCCGAUCGCCAGCGCACUGUGCCCAACAGCCCCGCUGUGUCUGAUGGAGGCUGGCGCUCUGGGACCUCCUCAUCCUCAGGUGGUGGUGGUGGUGGUGGUGGUGUUGGAGGAAACGUUCCCAACCAUCGGCCUUCGUUCCCGCAGAUGGACGUCACAGAACCUCAGUCCAGCCAGUCAAGCCCCUUCAGCAGCCCCCCGCAGCCCCCCAGUGCUUUUGCCAGCUCGGAUAGCUCAGAGGAAGACCUGCUUGCCAAUUGGCAACGUAUGUUCGUCGAAAAGAUGGCACCUUCUUCGGAGGGAACCCUGGUCAAUCGUACUUCCUUUAGCAGUGAGACGAUCAAGGAUCUUCAGAGGACCCGUAGCGUUAAAUCUGGGUCUGAGGCCAUUGACAGAGGGGCCAUACGAGGAGCGUACUCUGACGGAGAGGAAGGUUCUUCAGCCCGGAGUUGGACCGCCAGCAGAGAGUCCAGCCUGGAUACAGACACCAGCAGCAUGGCGGACCUCCGCACCAAGAAAGGGCAGUACGGUGGCAACUUUUCUCCGGAGGAGAGCGAGCGGCUGCUGAUGAGCCUUGACCCGCUUGAUAACAGUGAUGGUGCCAGUGGUGACACCGCUGUUGCUGUAGAAACCAGCCCAACCUCGGCCAAGCAGCAGCAGCAGCCGGAGGAGGAGUUUGCGGAGGAUGCUGGGUCAGCAGGCAGCUCGGCCGAGGAGCGAGACAUCCUUCCUCAGGACUUUCCUGUCAUUGCUCCCAGAGUCCUGGCUGGGUUGGAGGAUUAUGCAGAGAAGCCCCCUCUACACCACCAUCCAAAGACAGGACUGUCCGCUGGCCCCACAGGCUCCACCCGACCACAGAAGAGUCCCAAAAGGAUGGGGGUCCACCACCUACAUCGCAAAGACAGCCUUACCAGAGCGCAGGAGCAUGGAAACCUUCUGGACUGA